AUGGAUACUUUAUCGGGGGAGGCGUCCGUCAUUCAACAGGCUAUUGAAGACGACUCCGUGACAGAGAUAAUUCACACAUUUAAUACUACUAGUGUGUCAGAGGACAUGAGUAUACCAAACCUUACACAGGAUAGUCUAAAAGAACUUCUGUCAAACAGGACGUUGUCGAUAUCAAAUUUUACCGGAAGUACUACAAUAACAAACUUGUCGGACACGGUGAGAACACUUCCGGUUUUAGAUAGACCUGAUGGUUCCUUAUCGAUCCAGGAUCAGGUGAUUAUGGGAGCAGCAAUUACGGUUGGCUUCCUGGCAGUUUUGGCCAUAGUUCUUAGGUUCACAAUGCCGAUCUUUAGGGUCCGACUCAAAGCGAAAAAACAAAACACAGAAAUCCAGACACAGGACCUUUAUGACGAGAAGCCAAUGGACGGAAGUGCAUAUGUUCCAUACACACUAUCUAUGGAUUCAGACCAAUCACAGUCAUCGUCACAGUCUGACCAAUCACAAUCCUCGACACAGUCUGACUGGUCAGAAACCUCCAGUAACCACACCAAAAGUACAUACUAUUCAUCAGAUAGUAACCAGGUGGCGCUGUGGAAGGAAGCCUCGUUUGGGAAUUUAAUGGGAUCUACGUUGUCGUUACCUGUAUGUCUACCCGGCGAAAGUGGUAGCCUUUCUCGAUCACAUUCCACAGAAGGCCUCAACGCAAGCCUUAUGACAGCAUUGUCUCGAAAAACGUUUAUUGACUAUGACGGAAAUAAUAUCCUGAAAUCGGGUCCUCACACAGAACAGGGUUCGGAUAUUUUCGACGAGAGAGCGUCCACUCAGUCUCUAAAGUCUAUCUACACUAACGGAUCGGUAUCAGACGGGCGGUCAGACGGACUCCUGGACAGACGAUCGGACGGACUGCCGGACAGACGUGUAACCGAACUCAACCCUUUAUUUAAGCAAUGCUACAACAACAAAUAUAAAGCAAAUAUUACUGGUUCAAAGUCAACCCAAGAGAAUUGUCUGUAG